GAGUGGUGGCCAUGGGUGGGUGGCGGUGGCCAUGGCGGAGCUUGGGGUCUCGCCCCGCUGGGGAUGGGACAGUUCCGUGACGGUCCGUGUCCCCACAGGGCUGUGGGUCCGCAAUGGGACGGGGCUGAUCCGCAGGGAGGGCCAGCAGCUCUACUGGACCUUCGUGGCCCCCCAGUUGGGCUACUGGGCGGCGGCGGUGCCCUCUCCUAGCCCAGGGCUGGUGGCCGUGGCUGCGGGCAUGAAGGACAUCACGGCGUACCACACCAUCUUCCUGCUCACCAUCCUGGGCGCGCUGGCCCUGCUCGUGCUCACCCUGCUCUGCCUCCUCAUCUACUACUGCAGGUCAGCGCCGGCCGCCCCGCGCUGCGCAGGGCCCCUGUAGGCGGCCACGGGGUCACGGGCUGCUUGGCACCCAUGGGUGGCCGGGAGUCGGGUACGGGGUCCUCCACCCGCUUGGCGCUCGCAGACAUCCCAUAGUUGGCUGUGGGGGGGUCCACCACCCGCUUGGCACCCACGGACAUCCCAUAACUUGCCAUGGGGCCACCAACCCUGUCUGUCCUACAGCGGACUAUGGGGCCACCAACCCAUACCAUGCUCUGGUGCCCUAGAGCUGGCUAUGGGGACCACCAACCCCCACCCCACACUCAAAUGUCCCAUUAGCUUGCCGUGGGGCCACCACCCCUGGGUGUCCUAUAGUUGACUGUGGGGUCUACCAACCCCGGGUACUAUAGGGUACCUGACUAUAGGGCUGACUAUGAGGCCACCACCCCAGUGUUCGGUGGUUGACUAUGGGGCCACCAAUCCAUAGUACGCUCAGAUGUCCUAGAGAGGGCUGUGGGAACACCAAACCUGGGUGCCCUGUAGUUUGCCAUGGGGCCACCAACCCUGGAUGCCCUACAGUUGACAAUAGGGUCUACCAACCCCAGACGUCCUAUACCUGGCUAUGGGACCACCAGGCCUGGGUACCCUAUAGCUGACUAUGGGGCCACCAAACCUGAGUGUCCUGUGGUUGGAUAUGGGGCCACCAGCUGUGGGUGCCCUAUAGCAGACUGUGAGCCCCCCGACCUUUGGGGUCCUACAGUUGGCUGUGGGAUCUACCACUCCUGGUUGCUCUACAGUUGACUAUGGGGCCACCAACCCUUAGUGUCCUACAGUUGACAAUGGGGUCUACCAAGCCGGGUGCCCUACAGUUGACUAUAGGGUGCCCUAUAGCCGACUAUGUGGCCACCACCCCCAGGUGACCUAUAGCUGACUAUAGGGCCACCAACCCUGGGUAUCAUAUAGUUGACUGUGGGGUCUACCAACUGCAGAUGUCCUACUGCUGGUUGUGAGACCAGCACCCCCGGGUGCCCUAUAGCUGAUUAUGGGGCCACCAAACCUCAGCGUCCUAUGGUUGGCUGUGGGAUCUACCACUCCUGGUUGCCCUACAGUUGACAAUGGGGCCACCAACCCUUAGUGUCCUACAGUUGACAAUGGGGUCUACCAACCCGGGUGCCCUACAGUUGACUAUAGGGUGCCCUAUAGCUGACUAUGGGUCCACCAAACCUAAGAGUCCUAUAGUUGGCUGUGGGAUCUACCGCUCCUGGUUGCCCUACAGUUGACUACGGGGCCACCAACCCUUAGUGUCCUACAGUUGACUAUGGGGUCUACCAACCCGGGUGCCCUACAGCUGACUAUAGGGUGCCUAUAGCUGACUAUGGGGCCACCAAACCUCAGCGUCCUAUAGUUGGCUGUGGGAUCUACCACUCCUGGGUGCCCUACAGUUGACAGUGGGGCCACCAACCCUUAGUGUCCUACAGUUGACUAUGGGGCCACCAACCUUUAGUGUCCUACAGUUGACAAUGGGGUCUACCAACCCGGGUGCCCUACAGUUGACUAUAGGGUGCCCUAUAGCUGACUAUGGGUCCACC